AUGUCGUUGCUUAUAUAUAUAUUUACUCCAUAUGUCAUUCCAAUAAGCGCAUAUCCUAUGGCUAAUGCAAGCUCGAGCGAUGUCAAUAUCACAGCCUUACGGACAGAUUUUGCUCCUGGCUGGGUUUCAGAACCUGAUGGUAGAGGCACUUGGGGCUUGCUAUACAGCUGUGUCGGGACUUUAGUCGCAUGUGUAUAUACAGCAAUUCACUUAAACAUUUCACCUACUGGCGAAAAAGCUUAUUUUGGUUGGGCAAGGAAGGCAAAGUGGGUUAUGAUUGCACUGUUAGCUCCAGAAAUUGUCGCAUACACUGCUUUUGAACAAUAUUAUCUUGGUCGCAAGUUCCUUAAGAAGUUGGUUCUUCAAGAAGAAGAAAGGACGAAGAACAUUGCUGCAAAACCUACUUUCGACAUGGUCUAUGCUCAUUAUACGGUGAUGGGCGGAUUUGCUGCAGAUGUUAGCCAUCUUCACAAUGUUCUCAAAACAGUAAACUUCACUACCGACGGUAUCCUCUUCCUAUCCAGUGUUGGCUUGGCGCCGCAUCUCGAUAAAGAAGAGAUUGAAGACAAGAGUAAAUCAGACCUACUUGGAAAAAUGUUGGCUUCUUUACAAGGUAUCUGGAGCAUUGGUCAAGCAAUUGAGCGGAAAUAUUCGGGCUAUCCUACCACUAUGCUCGAAGUGCAUACCAUCGUCCAUGUUUUCAAUGAAGCGGAUGAGAAAUAUCUAGCCUUUAUGCUGCAAGUGGGGGCCGAGAAAGGACCUCGUUCGGUUGAACUUCACCCAAGAAACAAAUGGUACAACAUAUCGCCGUCAGAUCAUUAUGGAUUUACGAUCCAUGAUCGUACAAAGCCAGCGGACGACGUGUAUGGUGAACCUGAGAUGGGAAUUUAUCAAGUUGAUCAGCAAAUAUCAGCAAAUGCUACUUCUAGCAAUGCUGCUGCCAGUGAGGUCGUCUCUCCAGCUUUCAACCCGGACCAUCAAUCUAUCGACCAUUGGCAGGAAGUCGGUAAUAUCGUCACACAUUUUGUACAAUCGGAAGAGGAAAUCAAGAGCCUCCCUGAAUCAUGUAGGGCUCGCCAAACGCGUAUAGAAUAUAAGCCGGCUACGGAUGUGCCAAUCGUUUGUACCAUGGUUACAGGCCAGUCAUUAAAGUCCGGCUUUGGUCCCGGUUUAAACCAUGAUUCGGGUAAAAUGCGCCACGACACAAAAUGUGAUAGUAGGUCCAUUAAAGUAUCCUUCACAUACAAGGACGUUAGGAGGCUCAACUUGGCUGCAAAAUACGUUAAGGAAUCCUCGCAAUCAUCAAAGCUUAAAGGAGGGCCGCACAAAAGUAACAAAAUUUCUUUCAAUGAGAAGAUCGAAGCUUCUUUGAAACCAAUAUUUAAAUUUGCAAAAGGCAUGAAGACACCCCUUGCAUUGAAGGCUCCAAAUCUGAGCGGUACAAUAUUCAAGAGCGCGCAAAACGAGGCCACAUAUCUCUCUGCAGCCAUGGCUAUUAUUCCGGCGCUAUACGGAUCCGUCCAUCUUGGCGCCCUCACUAUAUUGUUUCCAAGUACGAUAGAACGAUUACUCUAG